CUGAGAACCGUUACUCUCCUGUUCCUCCCAUAGCCUCGUGCUACUUCCUGCAUCAUCAUACUUAUACCCGUUUUAUCUAUCGUACUCGCUCACGUUUCUCCCGCAGGUUCCUUCGCUGCUAGCCAGCGACUCGAACUCCAGCCGCCUGGACUGACCUCGGUUUUCAGAGAGCCGACAGUCACCUGCUUGUGCUCAGUGUCGCUAAUUUUCUGGACAUCAGAACAAUGUCUCACUUUACUAGCCAUCCGUACUACCAUACCAUGCCAGCUAUUCAUUCCUCCCGAAAUAAUCAUCCACUUCCUCUCAGCCCACCGGAGACCGAUCAAGAAUCCUUACCUGUUCAACUACCGCCGGCUUCUCUCGUCGCUGGCGCAGAGCUGGAACAGCUGGCGCAUUCUGCUUUGAGUUUUCCAGAGCGUUCUAAAUUCCAAUCUCGCAGGACGUCCACUUUGUCGUACCAGAACUCGGGAGUGCGAGAUAAUCGCGACCGAACCCCUUCACGGGCCUCGAAGUCUUUGAUCGUUGUUCUUCCUCCACCAGACUUUCCCGUGGAUCAUGGUCAACUGGGUAACGUGCUGUCCAUGGGACCUCGUCACCGUUUAUCUCAAGGGAUCCUCAUGCCCCUAUUCCCUACGAUGUACGGGCAACUCACUGCAAUCGCACGGGAGUUCAAUUUCCCGAGCACAGUGGGCUUGUGUCUCUACCACCAUAUCACUGAAAAUGGUAUCACCAUGACGCCGCGCAUAUCUGACGAUGCCUGGCAGUAUCUAUUGACACAUCUCACGGAGUCACGUAAUGGCUCCCAACAACUACCUAUCGGUGGUCGCAUAGAAUUCGACAUUGACCUCAACAAAGCUCGCUGGUUCGAUGCCUGGCUUGCCGGUACACUGCGUGACGACACCAUUGUUCCUGCUCCGCAGUCCCAUGCAUCUAUACUGCACUUGCAUGGUGACAGUAAGACUACGUUUGCAGAGGAGCACGUUGUGAAUGAAGACCGCUGGGAUAAUCAGACCAUUCAGUUGAACUCAAGGCCUACAACUAUCCGUCACGCACCCAAGAAACUUUCCCUCCUUGACCGGCUAGAUUCCACUGCGCUCCAGGAUUCGUACAAAGCAUCGCAAGCAACUUCUCCGCCUUCAAACCAUGUUGCGCAUCAACUGUCUCCUAUCCCACAAUCUGCUGCCGUUCCGCAGACGUCGAAAGCCGAGCUCCAUCGGCGCGUCAAUUCAUGGAGAGCGAGCGCACUCUUGGAUCCUGCGUCAAUGACGGAGUCAUACCAGCCCAUCCCUAAUGCUACAUUGGGUCUUGCGGCGAUUGAGGCUACGGAUGAGUACCCCUUAGAGGUAGAGGCGGGAGUCCAAGAGCCUCUGAAUUUAGCAGACUUUGCCUGGUCCGUCACAUCCGCUGGGCCACUUAGUCCGCCUCUGCAUUCUCCAUUGUCUUCUUGCCGCCUUCCUUCUGUCCAUCUUGAUCGUCGCAUGCAGGAAUCUGUGCUGUUGACACCGAUUACAGCAACUAGCUGGGGACCUCCGGAUGAUGAUUGGCUUUCGGACGUAUCAAGCAUCGAUCGUUUACCUUCGCCUGACAUUGGUAGACGUAUGCUUGAGAGCGCACCCCUGACCCCCGCUACGGCCACUAGCUGGGGGCCUGCUGACGAUUGGCGGUCAGAUGUGGCCAGCAUUGAUCGCUUGCCGUCCCCAGACAUUGCUCACCGAAUGCUGGAAGACACUUUAGCGAGUCCAGCCUCUGGAGCUCCCUGGCACAAGGUCUGGCCAUGGUUCAAGGUUGGAAACGUAUCACCAGCAGUGGAGUCAUACAGCCCAUGGGUGGGCAUGUCUGCUUCAUCGUCUUCAUGGUUCGAUGUUACAAAAGUGGCGACACUUCCAUCAACUACUUCUUCUUAUAAUCCUUGGGCUGGAAUGCCACAGGUUCAGGUUUGGCCUUGGUCCGAACUUGACAAUGCAAAGUCUGGGGUUUCAUAUAGCCCCUGGGCCAUCGUGCCUGCCAUCCGGGCAUGGCCUUGGUUUGAUAUUCACGCUUCCCAAGACAAGGGUGACCUGGAGUUGCAGCGCAGCACCUCUUCGAAUCCUUGGGUUGGCAUGCCCUGGUUUGACGUUGGACCAUGGCAUGAAGUUAACGGUGCACAGCCUAGCAAUUCCAUGCUCAUUUCACUCAGUCGACAAGGAGGGCUGAAAUCAGAAUAUCCCAGUCUAGACAUCUACCCAGCUUCCUAUCCUUAUUUCAAUAUUUAUCCUGCGUGCGCAGAGGUGAACAGCGGCCUCAGCAGCGCUAGAGGUUAUCCUAUACUUGAAAUUUAUCCUGCAGUUUACCCUCAUUUUAACUUAUAUCCUUCAAUUGCAUGCUCAGCUAUUUCUUCUCCUAAAAAAACGGCCGCCUUUCAGCCACAAAAGUCUAUUGUUGUAGAACUUGCUCCAGCUUACCCCCUGUUUAAUCUUUACUCGCCUCUUUACCCGUAUAAUCUCAAUUCGAUUUAUCCGGCACCGGCUGUCGAAUCAUCUUCAUCUGUGGUGCUCCCGAGUAGCUAUCCGUGGUUGCUUAUUUAUCCUUCUGUUUACCCCCAUGUGAACCCAUAUCCACAAGUCAGUGCCGAGGUGGCCGGACCCCGGAAAGCAGAAGACGAGAUCGCGCAGCCUCUUCAAGUGAAACUUCGGCCACAAUAUCCUGUUCUUGAUAUCUACCCUGCAGGCUACCCAUGGAGCCUGAAAACAGUAUAUCCCCCAACCGAAGUCGAAAAUGCCUCUGAAAUCACUGUCCGCUUAUCAUCGCAUUAUCCAUGGCUAGACAUCUAUCCCUCCGCUUAUCCUUUUGUGGAGCCAUAUCCGACGCUGAACAAGACAUGCGAAAGCCCUAUGAGCAGAUCUCAGACUCACUACAAGUCGGAAUGUAUGAAAGUUACGUUGGCUAGAUAUUUCCCGUCAUUCGAUUUAUAUCCCGCGGUGUAUCCACACUUUGACCUGUAUCCUGCCUUGCCAAACAUGGGGUCCGGAGGUUCGCAACAAGAGGAGCCCGCCAAGGACAAUGUCGAUAGUGUAUCAGUUGACCUUGCGGGGACUUACCCAUACAUUUGUCCUUACCCUCCCGCUUAUCCUCACUUCGACUUGUAUCCACGUGUUCAGAUACAUGCGUCCCGUGAUGGUAAGGAUUUGACGACCAGCAAUUUCUUUGCCUCGAGUAGCACGUACCCCUUCUUGGUCAUCUAUCCUGCUGUGUAUCCGCACUUCGAUCUGUAUCCCGCACGUGCCGCAGAACCAGCGAGUCGGGGAGAGGCCACGGCCAAUGAUAGGUUCUCCGUUUCAGCAUACCCCUUCCUUGUCAUUUAUCCUCAUGUGUACCCUCACUUUAAUCUAUAUCCCGCCCGUGCGGCAGAAUUAGCGAGUCGGGAGGAGGACAUGGCCACCGGCAAGUUCUCCGCUCCAGCGUAUCCCUUCGUUGUCGUUUAUCCUCAUGUGUACCCUCACUUCAAUCUGUAUCCCGCCCGCGCGGCAGAGCUAGCGAAUCGGGAGGAGGACAUAACUAACAGCAAGCUUGUCGUUUCGAGUAGCACGUACCCCUUCCUGGUCAUCUAUCCUCAUGCGUACCCUCACUUCAAUCUGUAUCCCGCCCGCGCGGCAGAACUAGUGACCCGGGAAGAAUCAAAGAUUUUUAAUGUAACUGCUAGUUCAUAUCCAUAUCUUGCGAUCUAUCCACCUGUGUAUCCCUACUUUGAUCUAUAUCCCAGUAUCCCCCCGAGAGUUGAUGCCCCUGCUGCAAGCGGAACAUCAAGUGUAAGAAUGGACCACGGGUACCCAGUCUUAAACAUCUACCUUGCUGCCUACCCGCACUUUGAUAUUUACCCUGCGCUUGGAAACGUAACGCAGCCAUCUCAGAAGGCGACCGAUAUACCAGUGCGCCCAUUAUCUGCGAAAAGGCAUAGGAAAACACACGCUGAAGUACAUGUCGAGGUGGCACCAUCACCUAGGCUCCUCGUGGCUAGGAGAAAGUCUGCGAAAACACACCGUCAGCUACAUGCUGAGGUUUUUGUCAAUGGAGUCACUUGGACACCUAGCGGAUACGUGCAAGACCUAGCACUUCCUGACAAGCCACACGAAGAGGCCAAUCGCGGCCCGCGACGCCGAAUGCCCUCUGUACAUGAAGUAAUGCCUCGACUGGCGCAUUCCCGCUCGCUAACCCUCUCUAACCAGCAACCGCCGACUAGUCCAUCGCUGCGAGAGAGACAACAGCACGUGUUGCAUAAUGCUCCACCCAUUCCCCCUCUCCGCAUCAGCAGUCCAGGGGUGCCAGCUGUCUCGGAGUUCCCGAUUCCUAUACUACCACCUGCAUCACCUACUAAGUCACGGUUGUCGCAAGUCGUGAGAUCCUUUGGAUCGUCAAUAAUGCAGGGGCGCAAUUUGACAUCGACCUCAGAUGACCACAACGAGAGGGCGAAAUCUCCCACAAGGUCUAUGUUCCCUUCCUUUGAUCGACGCAGCUCUAUGAUUCCAUCACUGCCUCCCCAUAAUCCGUCAGACCUCUUGGGACGCAGUCGGUCGCCUGUCCGACAGGGCGCUCAGAACCUUGUUUUGCAAAGGGCAAGGGCUUAUGAACAAUCGACUUCUGCAUCCCAGCAUCAUUCUCACAGCGUGAGAGGCACGCAAUUAUCAUCGCCCUCACUGCUUCCCAUUCCUGAUUUCCCCCAUGCAAUAGAUCUGGGUUUGAAGAUUGAUGAGUCAAGUCUCUUAAAGAACACCACUCCUUAGACUUCGUCUUGAGUUGUAUAUAUAUUGUGUUGCUACAAAUUAAUCGAUUCAUACAAUAA